AUGGGUGCAGUCGAGCUCCAGUCCGGUAAUGACGAAAAAAAAACGUCUGUCGCUGACACUAUGGAAGAGGAGAAGCAACGUCUACAUCUUCGUGCGACAACCCCACCAAAAAGGCCACCCACAUCGCAGUUACUCACACGUUCACAGCAGGAACGCGCUACUCUACGCCAAGCGGUUGCGGAUGUGCAGCCAUGCUUGGGAUCGAUAAUUUCAGCCAAGGUCAUAGACUCAGCCACGGAGCCUGAUCUGCCCACAAUCAAGAACGGUCUCGGCCUUACGCCGGUGACAACCCCAGACACUGGUAAUUGCGUAGCAAUGGCGUUAGCCCAGGCCAUUUCUGAUCAUGACCUGGUUACCGACGAUUGA